GUGACCGGAGCCCGGCUCGAGACUACCAUCAUCGAGACGUGAGGUCCUGCUCAGGCUCACGACAAGGCAGCGUUGAUCGGCACCCGCGCGGUCCGACAUUUUCAGAUUUUGACGACCGUUCUCUGCGCGAAACAGAGUCAAUAAUCAUCGAUGCCGCUGCUGAGCCCGACGGCGACGGGAUGGCAGGUACCUCAGUAGAGCUCGGGCGCGAACUGACUGCGUCCAAGAAUGCCUCGCCUGUUUUGGAAAUUGAUAUGCAAGAAGAUGAAUUUUCAAUGUUUUUGGGAGAGGAUCCUAACAUAAAAAAUAAAAACAUUUUUGAACUACAUAAAGCCCUAUGUACACGAUGGGGUCAUAUAUUGUCUCAUGGCCUUGAUAAAGAUCAAAAGCAAAAAAUUUUGGAGCGUUAUCCCUUACCAAGCAAUUGCCCGGAGAUAAAUGCUCCAUUAGUAAAUCCGGAAGUAGUAGGAGUGCUUUCAAACCCCCACAUAAAAAGGGAUGAAGCCCAUUUAGGCAUACAAAAACAACUGAAUGUCGGUAUAAGCGCUCUUGGGAAAUCCAUGAAUAUUAUCCUAGAAGAUAAGGAAAAUAUUCCUAAAGAAAUUAAGGAACAAUUACUAAUUUCUUUGGGAGAUUCAGGCCGAAUCUUUUCGGAUUUGUCAUUUAAUAUUUCAACCAUGAGAAAAAACCUUAUAAUGCCGAGUUUAAACAAGACAGUAAAAGAUCUAGUAUCAAACACUACUCCGGUACAAUUUCUUUUUGGAAGUGAUAUAGGGGAAAGAAUUAAAGAGGCUAAAUCAAUUGAAAGAGCCAAAAAAGACCUGAAACCCGAACCAAUGACAACUCAGCCUUCUACUAGUACUAACUCUUCGUACAGGCGACCGCAUACUGAAGCUAAUGUUAGACCAAACUUCAAAGUUAACCCAAUUCCUUUAAACAGGAAAAGGCCGGUUCGCCGAGGGGAGGUGAAACCACAAAGGGGCCAUCACCCCAAAAAAGAGCAGUACCAGAGGAGGAGGCAUUAUUGAGUGCACCAUCCUCUAGCAAAGAAACUUUCCCUGGUGGCGGCCAGAUUAUCAGGCAAGCUCUCCUCAUAAAGGGAUACCCACAAUGCUCCAUCGAUACAGCCAUAGCUUCAAUUUCGUCGUCAACAAUGAAGCAGUAUGAGGGAACAUAUAAGCUCUGGUGGCAGUACUGCCAGACAGCAGAUGUGGAUAUGUAUAAAGCUAAAGUAAAUCAUGUUAUCUCAUUUCUUCAAAGUUUAUUUGAUGCGAAAAAUUAUCAGUUUGGUACAUUUAAUUCGCAUAGGUCCGCUCUUUCACUUAUAUUAGGAGAAAAUAUACAAAAAGACUAUCGUAUAUCCAGAUAUAUGAAAGGCAUAGCAAAAUUAAGACCUUCAAGACCCAAAUACAAUUGUACAUGGGACCCACAACAAGUGAUAAACUUCUUAGAAAAAUGGGACAAUUCCAAAAUCAGCCUUCAGCAUCUAUCUUAUAAAGUUGCAACUUUACUAACACUUGUUACGGGACAGCGAAUUCAAACCAUUUCUCUAAUUAGAACCUCGAAUUUCCGAGAAAGUUCCUCGGAUAUACAAAUCUUAAUAACCGAUCAAAUAAAGACGUCUAACAUCAAUAAGUUACAGCCAUGUCUUCAAAUACCGUUUUUCCUAGAAAACCCAUCAAUUUGCCCAGCUACAGCCAUAAAAAACUAUUUGGAAAUCACACGGGAAAAAAGAUCUGCAUCUGAUGAUAGGCUAUUUAUUACUCAUAAGAGUCCGCAUAAACCAGCGACAAAACAAACAGUAAGCAGAUGGGUUAAAAAUACACUAAAGUUAGCUGGUAUUGAUACAGACAUUUUUAAACCUCAUUCCGCCCGCCAUGCGUCAACUUCGGCGGCACUAAAAAGUGGAAUCCCCAUGGAGUCUAUAAUGCAGGCGGCCGGCUGGAUCAGAGAAACGACAUUUACAAGAUUUUAUCAGAGGAAAAUAGUUAACAAUACUACUUUCGCUGAACAAAUCCUUUCAUUAGAAUCAUAAGUUUAUCUUCUUUUCGUUUUUAAUGGCCUUUAUACUUUCAUUUUUAACCUGAUUUAUUGACAUCAGGUAUAUUAUUAG